AUGGCUCCAGGUGUGAUCCGCGUCGACGUCACCGCCGAUGACAGUUCCUGCAAAAUUGCCUGGGAUCACGAUCUCAGUGUCCAGUCUGCUCCAAUUCUUUCCACCCAGAAUGGCCUUGUUUAUGGCUAUACACAGUCUGUGGGUGCAUCUCUAAGGGGUCUCUAUGAAUGGUACGCUCUCGCAUUCGAUUGGCAAAUAGGCAAAGAGGUCUCUGGAGGGGCGGAAGGGGAACUUACAAUGAUGACUGUCAACUUGUGGCUCUUGGACCAGAUCGAAUUUUAUAUCAAGGCGUGA